UUGGUUCCCACAGAGUGGUUUUGUGUGUGUGUGUGACCAUAGAGCCUUCAACUCACUGUGGGUUGUGACACUGUGUGUCUGUGUGGCGUGUCUUUGCCUGUGAGCGAUAGUUACUUUUGGGGAUAUUUCCCAGCUAAGAUGGCCCUGAAGUGGUUUGAGAGAAAGAAGCAUAGGUUUCUUUGAAAUGCACCUGCAUCAUAAGGAUUCUUGCACACAAACACCAUGCAGAAGUAAGUGUAGGUCAGCCGAGAUAAAGCUUUUGUGAUGUCUGCGGUAUCUGUUGUGUCUGUUUUGUGAGCUCUUUUAAAUAGCUGGCCUAUCACAUGCUUCGCAGCAAGCUCAUAAGAACGAUCUGCCUUUAAGCGCCCUGAACAAAAAGCUUUACUGUUUCUUUCUCUCUGACUGGCUGUGAUGAUCAGAAGACUCCUCUUUGAGGGAUAUAGAGAGACGUAGUGAGAGUUUGACUGUUCUUUAACAUACGCAAUCAUCCUAAAAUCUCUCCUUGCCACGCUUGCCGGUCCGUUAGCCGAGGCUUGAUGAAGCUGACUGUGGAGACUUCUUGAAGAGUGCAGCGCUGUGCUUUUGGCCCGUGCCAAAAAUACUCUGCAGAGGUGGACAGGGUGGCCUGUGGCCCUGAUAAACAAGAUGUCUGAGCUUGCUAAUCAGUUCGUCCUCUGCUGCAGAAGUGGCUUGAGGACUGUGGCUGCUGAAGUAAGGAAACAGAUCGCUGGUCAGUAUGGAGGCUCUCCUCAGCUCCUCAAGAACCUCAACGUGGGUGCCACCGCCACCGCUAACACUGUGCCCCUCACAGAGACGGUGGAGCCGGUGGACUUUGAGGAGUACCUCAUCACACACCCCCCUAUCGUUGAGUCGGGUCCACUGAGAGACCUCAUCGAGUUCCCCCCGGAUGACAUUGAAGUGAUCUACACACCCCGCGAGUGCCGCACUGUGGGCCAGUCGCUGCCAGAGGAGGGGACUGUUGAGAACGAUGCUCACGUCCGACAUUGUACAAGAUCUUACACGGAGGACUGGGCUGUCGUCAAUCGCAAGUACCAUAAGCUGGGCACAGGGUUUAACCCCAACACUCUGGACAAGCAGAAGGAGCGGCAGAGAGGACUCCCCAAACAGGUGUUUGAGUCGGAUGAGUUGCCCGACAGCAGCGCCUAUCAGGAUGAACAGGAUGACUUGAAGAGGAGGUCCAUGUCCAUCGACGACACGCCUCGGGGCAGCUGGGCCUGUAGCAUCUUCGACCUGAAGAACUCCCAGCCCGACGCCCUCCUGCCUCACCUGUUGGACCGCGCCCCAAACGAAGAGAUCGACCGGCACAACGAGGACCAGCGCAAGGCCAACAGGCACCGCGAGGUUUUCGCCCUUCAUCCAGCCCUAGAUGAGGACGAGCCUAUAGAGCGCCACUGUGUGCCUGAGGUACCCAAGGAGCACUUUGGCCAGAGACUGCUGGUGAAGUGCUUGUCCUUGAAGUUUGAGAUUGAAAUCGAACCAAUAUUUGCAAGUUUGGCCUUGUAUGAUGUCAAGGAAAAGAAAAAGAUAUCGGAAAACUUCUUCUUCGACUUGAACUCGGAGCAAACCAAAGGCAUGCUGAGGCCUCACAUCCAGACGGCCGCCAUCUCCACUCUGGCCAGAUCGGCCAUCUUCUCCAUCACCUACCCUUCCCAAGACGUCUUCCUGGUGAUCAAGCUGGAGAAAGUGUUACAGCAAGGAGACAUUGGAGAGUGUGCAGAGCCAUACAUGGUGUUCAAAGAAGCCGACAACACUAAAAACAAGGAGAAGCUGGAGAAGUUACGCGGCCAGUCGGAGCAGUUCUGCCAGCGUCUGGGCCGGUACCGCAUGCCCUUCGCCUGGACCGCCAUCCACCUCAUGAACAUCGUGAACAGCGCCGGGAGCCUGGAGAGAGACACGGAGCUGGAGAUGGGCCUGCCAGAGAGGAAAGGGUCCUGGUCAGAGCGCAGGAACUCCAGCAUCGUGGGCCGGCGCUCUUUGGAGAGGACCACCAGUGGAGAUGAGUCCUGCAGCCUGACCAGCUUCCGGCCGGCCACCCUCACCGUCACCAACUUCUUCAAGCAGGAGGGUGAUCGUCUGAGUGAUGAAGACCUCUAUAAGUUCUUAGCUGACAUGAGGAGACCCUCCUCUGUGCUCCGCAGACUGAGGCCCAUCACAGCCCAGCUGAAACUGGACAUCUCUCCAGCCCCCGACAAUCCCCACUACUGCCUGACCCCCGAGCUGAUGCAGGUCAAGCCCUACCCUGACAGCAGGGUACGCCCCACCAGAGAGAUCCUGGAGUUUCCCCCUAGAGAUGUAUACGUCCCCAACACCACCUACAGGAACAUCCUGUACGUGUAUCCUCAGAGCCUCAACUUUGCCAACCGGCAAGGCUCGGCCCGCAACAUCACCGUCAAAGUGCAGUUCAUGAAUGGAGAGGAUAUCAGCAAUGCCCUGCCUGUGAUUUUUGGCAAGUCCAGCUGUGCCGAGUAUGCCAAAGAGGCAUACACAGCCGUGGUGUACCAUAACCGGUCACCAGAUUUCCAUGACGAGAUCAAGAUCAAGCUGCCGGCCUCUCUGACUGACCACCACCACAUCCUGUUCACGUUCUACCACGUCAGCUGCCAGCAGAAACAGAACACGCCCCUGGAGACGCCCGUCGGAUACACGUGGAUCCCCAUGCUACAGAAUGGCCGUCUCAGAACUGGACACUUCUGUCUGCCCGUCUCCCUGGAGAAGCCGCCGCAGUCUUACUCGGUCCUCUCUCCAGAGGUGCCGCUACCAGGAAUGAAAUGGGUUGACAACCACAGAGGAGUUUUCAAUUGUGAAGUGGUUACAGUUUCAGCACUCCAUACACAGGACCAGUACCUGGAUAAGUUCUUUGCCCUGGUGCACGCCCUGGACGAGCACACGUUCCCAGUGCGGAUCGGAGACAUGCGCAUCAUGGAGAACAACCUGGAGGCCGAGCUGAAGACCAGCAUCGCCGCGCUCAACUCCACCCAGCUGGAGCCCGUGCUGCGCUUCCUCCACCUGCUGCUGGACAAGCUGGUGGUGCUGGUGGUGCGGCCGCCCGUCAUCGCAGGCCAGAUAGUGAAUCUAGGCCAGGCCUCUUUUGAAGUGAUGGCGUCCAUUGUGAACCGUCUGCAUAAGUACCUGGACACCAGUCAGGACCAACAUGGCCGAAACUCCCUCCUCUCCUCCUACAUCCACUACGUCUUCCGUCUCCCCAACAUGGACCCCAACACCCCCUCACCAGGUCCUGGUGGAUUGGGCGGCUCGGUGCAUUACGCCACCAUGGCCCGCUCGGCAGUCAGGCCUGCCAGCCUCAACCUCAACCGCUCCCGUAGCCUUAGCAACAGUAACCCUGACAUUUCAGGGACCCCCACGUCUCCUGACGACGAGGUGCGGUCCAUCAUCGGUAGCAAGGGCUUAGAUCGCUCCAACUCCUGGGUGCACACGAUGGGGUGCAAGAGCGCCCCCUGGGGAACCAGCCCCAGCUCCGCUUCUGACACCGUGCAGGCCAUGGAGCGCAGUGGCAACCGCAUGUCCUCGCACACUGAGAGCGCCAGUUUCUUGCAAACGUUAACAGGACGCUUGCCCACCAAAAAGCUCUUCCACGAGGAGCUGGCCCUGCAGUGGGUGGUGAGCAGUGGCAGUGUUCGAGAGGGGGCGCUACAGCAGGCCUGGUUCUUCUUUGAGCUCAUGGUCAAGAGCAUCAUCCAGCACCUGUACUUCACCGACCGCCUGGAGUCUCCCCGCAAGAACCGCUUCCCCGAGCGCUUCAUGGAUGACAUCACCGCCCUGGUCAGCACGAUUGCCGGUGACAUCGUCACCCGAUUCCAGAAGGAUCUGGAGCUGGUGGAGAGGCUCAACAUGAGUCUGGCCUUCUUCCUCAAUGAUCUGCUGUCUGUUAUGGACCGUGGCUUUGUCUUCACCCUAGUCAGGACCUACUGGAAACAGGUGUCCACUAAGCUGUAUGCUCUUCAGAACCCAACUCUGGAGUCGCUGCGUCUCGACUUCCUACGCAUUGUGUGCAGCCACGAACACUACGUCACCCUCAACCUGCCCUGUAGUCUUCUCACACCACCUGCCUCUCCUUCCCCCUCUGUGUCGUCCGCUACGUCUCAGAGUUCGGGCUUCUCCACACACGUGCAGGACCAGAAGAUUGCCAACAUGUUUGAGCUGUCUGUGCCCUUCAGGGAGCAGCACUAUCUGGCUGGCCUGGUCCUGGCCGAGCUGGCCAUCAUACUGGACCCAGAGGCAGAGGGGAUGUUUGGUCUGCAUAAGAAGGUCAUCAGUGUGGUACACAACCUCCUGUCCAGCCAUGACUCUGACCCACGUUACGCCGACCCUGAGGUCAAGGCCAGGGUCGCCAUGCUUUACCUGCCACUCAUUGGAAUCGUCAUGGAAACCUUGCCCCAGCUGCAUGACUUCACUGAGUCGCACAACCAAUGGAGUCGUCCAGGUGGAACGGGAGGGGAGGAGCCAGAGGUCGAAGGCAACAGCAUGAUCAGUCAGACAGUUGCCAUGGCGAUCGCCGGAACCUCUGUACCCCAGAUGUCCAGGCCCAGCAGCUUCCUUCUCAACCCCCAGGCCACUCGUCAGCAUGGCACCUUCUCUGCGGAGUCCAGCCGCAGCCUGCUCAUCUGCCUGCUGUGGGUGCUGAAGAACGCCGACGAGAUGGUGCUGCAGAAGUGGUUCACUGACCUGUCCGUCUCCCAGCUCAACCGCAUCCUGGACAUGCUCUACCUCUGCGUCUCCUGCUUCGAGUACAAGGCCCAUGUUCUGUUCACCAUGCAGGGUAAGAAGGCGUUCGAGCGCAUGAACAGCCUGACCUUCAAGAAGUCCAAAGACAUGAAGGCCAAGCUGGAGGAGGCCAUCCUGGGCAGCAUAGGGGCGAGGCAAGAGAUGGUGCGACGCAGCAGAGGGCAACUGGAGCGGAGUCCGUCAGGCAGUGCCUUUGGCAGUCAGGAGAACCUGCGCUGGAGGAAGGACAUGACUCACUGGAGGCAGAACAGUGAAAAGAUGGACAAGAGCCACAGAUCAGUCAGGUUUAGAGACACCCUACCUCGCUAUGGGAGGAUCCAGGAGCCUUUGUUAGCUAGGACACGAGCGGAGCUGGAGCACGAAGCGCUCAUUGAUGGGAACCUGGCGACAGAGGCCAACAUCAUCAUCCUGGACACACUGGAGAUCAUCGUCCAGACGGUGUCCGUGACGGAGUCGAAGGAGAGCAUCCUGGGAGGGGUGUUGAAGGUGCUGCUGCACAGUAUGGCGUGCAACCAGAGCGCCCUCUACCUGCAGCACUGCUUCGCCACGCAGAGGGCCCUCGUGUCCAAGUUUCCGGAGCUGCUGUUCGAGGAGGAGACGGAGCAGUGUGCUGACCUGUGCCUGAGGCUCCUGAGGAGCUGCAGCAGCAGCAUCAGCACCAUCCGCGCUCACGCCAGCGCCUCCCUCUACCUGCUCAUGAGGCAGAACUUUGAGAUCGGCAAUAACUUUGCACGAGUGAAGAUGCAGGUGACCAUGUCCCUGUCGUCUUUGGUGGGCACGUCUCAGAACUUCAACGAGGAGUUUCUGCGGCGCUCCUUAAAGACCAUCCUGACCUAUGCUGAAGAGGACCUGGAGCUCAGAGAGACCACCUUCCCUGACCAGGUUCAAGACUUGGUCUUUAACCUGCAUAUGAUCCUGUCAGACACGGUAAAGAUGAAGGAGCACCAGGAAGACCCAGAGAUGCUCAUAGAUCUCAUGUACAGAAUUGCCAAAGGUUACCAAACGUCACCAGAUCUGCGUCUAACAUGGCUGCAGAACAUGGCGGGCAAACACGCCGAGCGCACCAACCAUGCAGAGGCCGCCCAGUGCCUGGUGCACAGCGCCGCCCUGGUGGCCGAGUACCUCAGCAUGUUGGAGGACCGCAAGUACCUGCCCGUGGGCUGUGUCACCUUCCAGAACAUCUCCUCCAACGUGCUGGAGGAGUCGGCCGUGUCCGAUGACGUGGUGUCGCCCGACGAGGAGGGCAUCUGCUCGGGGAAAUACUUCACUGAAGCUGGCCUGGUGGGACUGCUGGAGCAGGGCGCUGCCUCUUUCUCCAUGGCUGGCAUGUAUGAGGCUGUGAAUGAGGUGUAUAAGGUCCUCAUACCCAUCCACGAAGCCAACAGAGAUGCCAAGAAGCUGGCUACCAUACAUGGUAAACUGCAGGAAGCCUUUAGCAAAAUUGUCCAUCAGAGUACGGGCUGGGAGAGGAUGUUUGGAACUUAUUUUAGAGUCGGGAUUUAUGGCUCUAAAUUUGGAGACUUGGAUGAGCAGGAGUUUGUGUACAAAGAACCAGCUAUCACCAAGCUGGCAGAGAUCUCACAUAGACUCGAGGGUUUCUAUGGGGAAAGGUUUGGAGAAGAGCAGGUUGAGGUCAUUAAGGACUCCAACCCAGUGGACAAGUGCAAAUUGGAUCCAAACAAAGCCUUCAUCCAGAUCACAUACGUUGAGCCCUACUUCGAUACUUACGAGAUGAAGGACCGCAUCACGUACUUUGACAAGAACUACAACCUGCGGCGCUUUGUAUACUGCACGCCCUUCACGCUGGACGGACGGGCCCACGGCGAUCUGCACGAGCAGUACAAGCGCAAGACCAUCCUCACCACCUCGCACGCCUUCCCCUACAUCAAGACCCGCAUCAACAUCAUCCACAAGGAAGAGAUCAUCUCCAUGCCCAUAGAGGUGGCCAUCGAGGACAUGCAGAAGAAGACGCAGGAGCUGGCCUUCGCCACCCACCAAGACCCAUCAGAUGCAAAGAUGUUGCAGAUGGUGCUCCAAGGAUCAGUUGGCACCACCGUCAAUCAGGGGCCGCUGGAGGUGGCCCAGGUGUUCCUGUCUGAAAUCCCGAGUGACCCUAAGCUUUACAGACACCACAAUAAGCUUCGCCUCUGCUUCAAAGAUUUUACAAAGAGGUGUGAAGACGCCCUCCGCAAAAACAAGAGUUUGAUCGGCCCUGACCAGAAGGAGUAUCAGCGGGAGCUGGAGAGGAACUACCACCGGCUGAAGGAGUCUCUGCAGCCCCUAAUCAACAGAAAGAUCCCCCAGCUCUAUAAGCCUGUGCUGCAGGUCAACGCCCACAGCAAAAGGACGACCUGACAAGAGAUUCCUUCAGUCGAAUGAGUCUUCGUAAACUCGAGGUGUGAACGUCGACCAUGAAGGAAAGACAGGAUGGCUUGUGUACACGAAGAUAAUUUAUUUGUUUGUAAAUAUCAGGCCCUUGAGCAAAUUCAGUUGUUCCUGCAGAAGGAUGGGAUGGGGAGGGGGAGGGAGGGGGAGCGGAAGCUUGUGUUAAACAUUGGGAAGUCAUUCCUAUACCUUAUUCGUUUACAAAAACGGUCUGUUACGAAAUCAUUGGAACAUGAAAGUGGACAGCGUACGGUAUGUGUCAAAAUCUGGAUUCAGUUUUCCUGUGUGCACUUUUUAUUUUUUAAACUGUAUUCCGAUGCAUUUUACCAGACAUUGUACAACUUGAAAGUUUACAAUUUAAUCCAAAAAGACAAAACAAAGGUACCACUAUUUAUCAUGACGAUUCAUCUUCUUUUUUUUUUAAGUUACUGGUACUGCAUUUGUUUAAAAAAAAAAAAAGAAAAAGAAAAUAGGGUACGGUUUCAAACAUCCUUGACUUGUUUUAUGUAGCUUUUGUUUACUUUAAAUAUUUUACUAAAUAAAUUUUAAUGUCUGUA